GGCUGGAGAUGGCAGUAUUGCAGGUUGUGGGCUGGAGAUGGCAGUAUUGUAUUUUGCAUGUAGCUUUGCUUUGCAGAAGAAAAGGAGAAUGGAUAAGGUCAUUAACUGCUUUAACAAGAGGCCAGAGGCGGUAGCAAGGCUGAUAUGCUUUCCUUGGGCAGGUGGAGGCUCUUUACACUAUGCACGCUGGGGGAGGCUUCUUAACCACUCGAUCGAAGUUUAUUCAGUCAGACUGCCAGGUCGGGAAAGCCGAGCUAAAGAACCUUUCGUUCAGAACAUGCAGCAGAUAUUAGAUGAGGUUGUCGGUGUGUUAUUACCAGCGCUAAAAGAGAAACCAUUUGCCCUCUUUGGACACAGUUUUGGUGCUAUGACCAGCUAUGCUUUUGCUGAGUAUGUGAAGACAGUUCACAAUCUUGAACCCAUUCACAUGUUCAUCUCCGGAGCCUCCGCACCUUAUUCUGAAACUAGAUUACAGGCACCAACCAGAAGCCACUUGUCUGAUGAAGAGUUCCUUCAGUGGAUGACCUCUAUUGGAGGAACACCUCCUGAAAUUCUGACCAAUCCAGAGGUGCUAAAGCUCUUUCUGCCAGCCUUAAAAGCUGAUCUGAAGGUAGUGGAGACUUACAGAUGCAGCAGGCCGACAAGCCCUUUCCUUUCAUGCCCAGUGUCAUGCUUUGAUGGCAAAGAGGAUGUGCCACAUGACUUACAAGCAUUUAAGGCUAUGACCAGUGGAGAUUUCACAGUGCAGAUGCUGCCAGGACCACACUUUUACCUAAAAGAUACAGCAAAUGAGAAAGUCCUUCUUGACCACAUCACGAAGCAUCUUGAGACGGCUGAGAUGGAUUACUUAUAGAGUACCCACGGGUGGUUGUGUGCUACUGUGUCGAUGGAACUUUGUUGAGCUAAGCCUACAAAUGUAACUGUGUAAAAACUGACAUUCCAACUUCCUGUGUAAUUAUAAUAAUAUAUUUUAUAAUUAGUGCUACAGUGGAUUAUCAAAGUAUUCAGACCCCUUGACUUGCACUGACUGUGCACACUUUAAUGUGUUCUAGAUUUGAUUCAGAGUGAAUACAUUUACCACAUUUACCCAUCAGUCUUCACUUAAUGACGCUUUUCGGUUACCUUAUAAUACCCUAUAGUGUUUUAACAACAACAUUUUAAUCAAAUCUAUUUCGGUAUGGUCUAAUACACUGCCUGGCCAAAAAAAGGUCACACACUCUAAUAUUUUGUUGGACCGCCUUUAGCUUUGAUUACAGCACGCAUUUGAUGGAAUAACAUUGAUGGAAUAACCUGGUCGUUCAGUAUAUCAUAUCAUAGAUCAUUGCACUGCCCCCACAGGCUUGUACGGUUGGCACUAGGCAUGAUGGGUGCAUCACUUCAGCCGCCUCUCUUCUUACCCUGAUGCACCCAUCACUCUGGAAUAGGGUAAAUCUGGACUUAUCAGACCACAUGACCUUCUUCCAUUGCUCCAGAGUCCAAUCUUUAUGCUCCCUAGCAAAUUGAAGCCGUUUUUGCCGGUUAGCCUCACUGACAAGUGGUUUUCUUAAGGCUACACAGCUGUUUAGUCCCAAUCCCUUGAGUUCACUUCGCAUUGUGCAUGUGGAAAUGCUCUUACUUUCACUAUUAAACAUUUCCCUGAGUUCUAUUGUUGUUUUUCUACCAUUUGAUUUCACCUAACGUUUAAGUGAUCGCCGAUCACGAUCAUUCAAGAUUUUUUUCCGACCACAUUCCUUCCUCGAAGAUGAUGUUUCCCCCCCACUGUCCUUCCACUUUUUAAUAAUGCGCUGGACAGUUCUUAACCCGAUUUUAGUGGUUUCAGCUUCUCCUUAGAUGUUUUCUCUGCUUGAUGCAUGCCAGUAAUUUGACCCUUCUGAAACAGAUGAACAUCUUUUCCACGACCACAGGAUGUGUCUUUCGACAUGGUUGUUUAACAAAUGAGAAGCUACUCACUGCAUCAGUUAGGGUUAAAUAACUUGUUGCCAGCUGAAACAUAAUCACCCAUGCAGUAAUUAUCCAAUUACCUAUUUGCUUAGUUAAAUCCAGGUGGUGAGCUUUUUUGGCCAGGCAGUGUAUUUACUAUGAAUAACUUUGGUUAGCACAGGAGUUUGCUAACUAGCUCCCUUGCUAACCAAACCCGUUUCCCCUGCGAUAACUGAGGUAUGUACAGGAGUUUUGAAUAAGUGGCGUUAAAAUAAAGAUUUGGACUGUU